CUUUCUAGUGUGUUACAGGUCGCUAGCUGCGUGGUGUCACGCGUGUCAUCAUCGCCAGCUGCCGCGUCAUCUGCAGUUCUGCCUGCAAAUUUGCAAUCGCAGUUCCUCAGCACAUCACUGCACCGGCCGAAGUCGCAAACCUCAUCAAUUCGCAUCAAUAAUGGCAGCAAAGGCACUCCUCCUGCUCAGCAGUGCUGCAGCAUUGCAAGCACCAUGCAAGCGGCGGUCAGCGACGCAUCUCGCAGCCCAAAGCCUCGCAGAGCUAGCCGAGCAGUCAUCGCUGCCUCCUGCAGACAAAUCACGGAUAACCGUGCUUUCGGACGCCGAUGCGGUCGGCGCGGAAGUGUGGAAACGCAUCGACGAGGCGGGGAAGCGCGCCGUUGAGGAGCGCGGCACCUUCACGCUGGCCAUCCCGGGUGGCAGCGUGCUCAAGAUGCUCGCUGGUAGCUCGCCGAGUUGGGCGGAGGACUGCCUGCUGGCCUACGUCAAUCACAAGGCCGUGGACGACGACGCCGACGCUACGCUCAGCACGCACGCCAAGGCGCGGGCGGGCUUCCUGGACGCCGGGUGGGAUGGCGUGGACGUGCUCAAUCUGGGCGGGUCCUCGGACGCGGUGGCGGAGGCGUGCCGCUACGCCGAAUUGUUGGAACUUGCGACGCAGCAAAACUUAUUGCCGGUCGCGGCGACGGCGAGUGGAGAAAGCAUCCCAGUAUUCGAUAUGAUGGUCAUCGGCGUCGGCGACGACGGCCACGUCGGCACCUGUGUGGAAAUCAAACUUUUACGGCACGUGCUAUGCCGGUUCCUCACCUCUCCACAGAGCCAGCGCGGCCGCGUCAUCGCCGAGAAAUGACUUAGUGAAAAGUUAUCGGGUGCACCCGACACACUGCUUGAUUUCCACACAGGUCGGGUCGCUCUACCCGAACCGCGACGAGUGCACGGACGACUACAGCUGGUGCCUGCCCGUCGAGAUGAAGGACCCCGGCUCCAUCUCCCUGUCGCUCCCGGUGAUGAGGGCAGCUAGAGAGGUCCUCGUCGCGGCGUGCGGCGUCUCGGAAAAGUACCCGCAGGGGAAAUCCGACGCCAUGAAGCGCGCAAUCGAAACGCCGGAAGCGGUCCGUGACUUCCCGGCGGCGGGUUUUCGCGAUGUCGCACAGUAUGUGUUCGACACCGCCGCCGCGUCUAAGCUAACGCUCUAA